CUCCCUCUCACCCACACUCUUCUGCCUUGUGACCAUUCCCCGAAGCUCCAGCUUCAGCCUCUCUUUUACACACGCCUUGUGCGCAGUCAUUCGUUAAUAUAACCACCACCACCCACACUCUGUCGAGUCCCACCGCCCCAACACGCUCUUUUGCACCCUAAUCGUCUAAUACCCACCCAACACCACACCAAACCGCCGUCAACAUGUACGCCCGCUCAGUCCUCGCUGCCUUCGCUGGCCUCGCCGCCAUGGCAUCGGCCUACACCACCCCCGUCUUCCAGAGCUCUGGUUACGCUGUCCGCACCCCGGGCCUCGCUGAAAUCGUCCCCGUCGGAACUCCCUACAAGAUCACCUGGGACGUCACCAAGCCCGAGCAGAAGACCGUCACUCUUGUCCUGCUCCGUGGCCCGUCCACCAACAUCAAGUACCUCUCCACCAUUGUCGAGGACACCCCCAACACCGGCUCCUUCGAAUGGACUCCCUCUACCAGCCUCGAGCCCGACACCACCCACUACGGCAUCCAGCUGAUCGUUGACGCUGAUGGCGAGUACCAAUACACGAGCCAGUUUGGCAUCUCCAACCCCAGCUACGGCAAGUCUAGCAGCAGCUCCGUUGCGUCCGUCUCCAAGACCGCGUACCCAUCCUCCAGCAGCGCCAUUGUCUCCGCCGCCGCGACUCCCUGCAGCACCUCCUCUAAGGCUGUUGUGACGCCCAUCUACAGCGCCAACUCCACCAGCGCGUACAUCACCGGUACCGGCACUGCCUAUUCCACCUUCGUCGCCUCCACCGGCGCGCCCCACCACAACAGCAGCAUCAUCCAGCCCUCCAAGCCCUUGACCGUUCCCAGCUCGCUCCUGACCUACACCACCGCCGGCUCCGCGCCCUCGUCUGCUUCGCCCUCCGUGCCUGUCGGCACUGGCGCUGCCGGCCACGUCCAGGCCGGUCUCGGCCUUGCUGGUGCGAUCGCUGGUCUCGUCAUGGUGCUAUAAGCCCAGCACCAUUUCGUUCCAGUUCCAGUUCCUUUUUGGGGGUCCACUGUGUCAUGUCAGCAUCUGCGGUGCGUAAUUACGGUCUUGGCCACGUCAAGUUCAAGUAUGAAAGUCACUUUGCAUGCAUCACCCCGCAUCGGAUCUUGAGGGUUUGUGGGGAUAUGGUUUUGUUUUAAAGAUAUCACAAAAUUGGUGCUUUGCAUUUUUGGUUCGACUGCAACAGCUUGCUCUCUUGUCAGUUUGGUCCGAUUGGCUUGCACUGGGGUCUGGUUUUAAUUGGGAGUCUGUUUAAUGAGAUUCGGAUCGUGUAUCGAAUCGGAUUUAUGCCUUUAAUCUUUUUGUGUGCGUGCGUGGAGAGUGAUGUUGUGUGAUGCUGAAGAGUAUGGGGAAAAAUCUGACGAGUGGUGGCAGUGCUAAUUUCAAAGGAAUGAAUUUGGCGUCAGAGGCUCGUAUUGCUGACUGCAUAU